AUGCUCAAAACAUCCUAUUUCAAAGCAGAAGUUGAUGAAAAGCUUCCUUUUACUGUUUAUGCACAUAAAUAUUGCCAAUUAAUUGAAGAACCAGAUAGGCCAUUAAUAAAGUAUGUCUCUGUUUGUAAUGAUAAAACAGUAGAACUAUCUCUAUAUGAAUUUCAUCAUUUAGUAGAUUCUUUAGGAUAUGCGUUUUAUUCUAUCGUUAAUUUACAAAGAAAGGAUGUUAUUGGUAUUUAUUUACCUAAUUGUGUUCAAUUUAUUAUUUCUGAAGCAUCUAUUGAGACUUGUGGAUUUAUUAUGAUACCACUUAAUCCAGCAUAUAAACCAGAACAACUUGAACGUUUGUUCAAUAAAACAGAAGUAAAAAUGGUUAUCACAACAAAAGCACUUGUCCCAAAUAUUAUUAAAGCUGAUAAAACCAUGAGAAUUGUUAUUGUAGAUUCAACUAAAGAGGAUAUCAUUAAUUAUUCUUCACAAAGAAUGAAUGUGUAUUCAUAUAAUGAUUUAAUCAAAGUUCCUCUAAAUAAAGAAUUUCUUGAUAAUCAACGAAAUCAAAUUAGUUCUGAAGAUAUAUUGUUUUAUGGAUGUACAUCAGGAUCAACUGGAGAACCAAAAAUUUGUGUUUAUACUAAUCGUGCUUUUAUUGGAAAUAUUUGUUCUAAUCAAUCAUUUGUCCCAGUUGAAAAUAGAAUAACUUUGAGUAUUGCUCCAUUAUAUACAACUACAGGACACAUUGUUGUUUCGUUUGUAAUAACAAAAGGUUAUUAUUACAUCUUUUUAGAUAAGUUUGAUGUUGAAAAAAUAUUCCAAAUUAUUGAAGAAGAUCAUGUCACUAGUACAGGUGGAGCACCAUCUGCUUUUAUGGCUUUAAUGAAACAUCCAAAUAGGACAAAGUAUAAUCUAAGUUCAUUGAAAGAAGUUACUAUUGGUGGAGCUAUAGCUUCUAAUGAAUUAACUGAAUCAGUAAAAAAAGUAUUUAAUUUACAAUAUGUUUGUAGUGGGUUUGGAAUGACAGAAACAUGUGGUAUUGUUUAUAAAAUGCCUGCAAAAUCAACAGGAUAUAGUGCAAAAUUAACUAAGAAUUAUGAAAUUCGAGUUGUUGACCAUGAAACAAGAGAGGUUUUACCUGUUGGGAUUGCAGGAGAACUUGAAAUAAAAUCUCCAUUUAUACUAAAAGAAUAUCUAAAUAAUCCAGGAGCUAAUAAACAAGCAUUCACUAAUGAUGGAUGGUUUAGAACUGGAGAUGAAGCAGUCCUUGAUGCUGAUAAAUUUUUAAGAAUUACUGGAAGAGUCAAAGAUAUGAUAAUUAGAGGUGGACAUAAUAUUUGGCCAGCAGAAAUAUGUGAUAUUAUGAUUGCUCAUCCAAAAAUUCAAGAAGCUGCUGUGAUUGGUAUACCUGAUAAGAUUCAAGGAGAAACACUUGUUGCAUUUGUUAUAGUAAAAAGUGGAUCUUCAUUUACUAACUUAGAGAUGGAAAUAAAAGAAUAUUUAGCUGAUAAAUUAGUUCCAUUCAGUAUUCCAACAUACAUCUUUCAAUUACAAGACAUGCCAAGAACUUCUUUUGGUAAAGUAUAUAUUCCAAAAUUAAAAGAAAUAGUGAAGGAUUUAAUUAAAAAGAGAUGGGAAACACUUAUUCAAGAAAAUAAUGAUCCUCCUAUAACAGAAGUUGGAAAAGAGAUGGCUAAUAUUUGGAGUGAAUUUUUUGAUAUUCCUGUUGGUGCAUUAUCAAGAAAGAGUAAUUUUUAUGAUUUAGGAGGUGAUUCUUUUGUUGGAGCACAAACUGUAGCAAUUGUUAGAAAAUAUAUACCAAAUGCACCAUUUAAUUUAUUGUCAUUAAAAUUUAAUCUUGGGGAUAUCGAAGAUUAUGUCUCUAAUCCAACAUUAUGUUCUAAUGAAAAUGAAGAAUUAACUAAAGAUUUAAACUGGAUCCAACGAGCCAAUGUACAUGAAUUAUUUAAAAAAGUUGUAGAAUCAACUAACGAAAAUAUUAAAAGAGAUAGUGCUAUUGUAACUGGUGCAACAGGGUAUCUUGGACUAUACAUAACACUAGAACUUUGCAAAAGAAGUGAUAUUAAAAAAGUGUAUUGUGUUGGUAGAAGUUCUAAUAAAAAUGAACUAAUUAAGAAAAUGAGAUUAAUGUUGAGAAAAACUGAAAAGGAAUGGAAUGAUAAAAUUGAAAUGGUUGUUGGUGAUAUUUCUAAAGAAGAUUUUGGAAUUGAAGAUUUAAAGAAAAAAGAAAUGAAAAGUAAUAGUAAAAUAUUAAUUAAUUGUGCUGCUGUUGUUAAUUGGACAAAAACAUAUAACCAAUUAAAAUUAACUAAUGCAUUUGGCGUAUUAAAUGUAAUUAACUUUGCAGGUCAGGGUAUGAAUAUUUGUCAAAUAUCUACAAUUGGAGCAGCUCUUAAUAAAGAUGAAAGUAUUUCUAAUAAUAUUCCAUUAAAUGCAUUCGGGUAUGUUCAAUCUAAAUGGAUGGGAGAACAAAUUUGUAAAAGGGGGAUUGAAGAAGGAUAUAAAAUUAAUGUAAUGAGACCUUCUUUUGUUGUAUCAGAUUCAAAGACUGGAAUAUGUAAUACAGACGAUUUUAUUUAUAAAAUGAUUCGUCUUAGUAUUAAAAAUAAUAUCGGAUUAAUUGGCCCAUCAUUCCCAAUGACACCUGUAGAUAAAUUAGCAGAAUGUAUUGUUAAUAAUAUGUAUAAACAAAAGAUUAUAAUCAAUUUGAUUCCAACAACAAACGUUUCAACUGAAAAUAUAUUUUCUAUUUGUAAACUGUUAAAUAUGAAAAUAACUUUAGUCGAUGAAACUGAAUGGAAGAAAAAAGUAACUGAUUAUGCUCAGAAUGGUGAUAAAGAAGCAAUGCAAUUAUUAGCAUCUUUAAAUGUUCUUGAUCUAAAAGGAAUAAUAGAAUCAAAAUUCUUUACAUCUAAUCCUAAAGAAAAUAUUCUUGAUUUUACAAAUGAUUUUAUCAAAAUAAAUCUUAAAAAAUUACAAAAUGUAGGAUUCUUUAAUGAAGAUGGAUGCUCAUUACUGUCAAGAUCUAAUUGA